UACCCGCGCCAUGAAGCACAUCCCGGUUCUCCAGGACGGGCCCUGGAAGACCGUGUGCGUGAAGGAGCUGAACGGCCUCAAGAAGCUCAAGAGGAAAGGCAAGGAGCCGGCGCGGCGCGCGAACGGCUAUAAAACUUUCCGAUUGGACUUGGAAGCGCCCGAGCGCGGCGCCACCGCCACCAACGGGCUGCGGGACAGAACCCAGCGGCUGCAGCCAGUCCCGACCCCGGUGCCAGCCCGGGUGGCGCCGGCCGUUCCCUCAGGUGGGGGCGCGGACACGGCCGGGGAGCGCGGGGGCGCCCGGGCGCCGGAGGUCUUGGACGCGCGGAAACGCGGCUUCGCCCUGGGCGCAGUGGGGCCGGGACUCCCCACGCCGCCUCCGCCGCCGCCGCCUCCUGCGCCCCAGGGCCAGGUACCUGGGGGUCCCGAGACACAACCUUUCCGGGAGCCGGGCCUGCGUCCCCGCAUCUUGCUGUGCGCACCGCCAGCACGCCCCACGCCGUCGGCGCCCCCGGCGCCCCCAGAGCCCCCGGUGCGCCCCGCGCCCCCCACGCGCCCUGGGGAAAGUUCUUACUCGUCAAUUUCACACGUAAUUUACAAUAACCACCCGGAUUCCUCCGCGUCGCCUAGGAAACGGCCGGGCGAAGCUACCGCCGCCUCCUCGGAGAUCAAAGCCCUGCAGCAGACCCGGAGGCUCCUGGCGAACGCCAGGGAGCGGACGCGGGUGCACACCAUCAGCGCAGCCUUCGAGGCGCUCAGGAAGCAGGUGCCGUGUUACUCGUAUGGGCAGAAGCUGUCCAAGCUGGCCAUCCUGAGGAUCGCCUGUAACUACAUCCUGUCCCUGGCACGGCUGGCCGACCUCGACUACAGCGCCGACCACAGCAACCUCAGCUUCUCUGAGUGCGUGCAGCGUUGCACCCGCACCCUGCAGGCCGAGGGCCGCGCCAAGAAGCGCAAGGAGUGACCAACCACGGGCCCGCCUGAAGAUGCUGCUGUGGGCCCUCUUUCCAAGUCAAGCUUGAGGAGAAGGGGAGCUUGCCAAGUCCAGCCUCGUCUUCCUCUCUAAGAUGCCACCGGAUGCUCAGACCACCGCCUCUCAGGACAAGAGCUAGCCUGCCUCCCUCUCACCCGCUCCCCACACCCCCACCCCCAGCCACUCUGCGGUGACUUUGCACUUUGCUCUCUGCCUGGUGGGGUGGGGAGAGCAAAGCCUUCGCCUUGCCCGGGCCUGAGGCCCACCGUCCGUCUGGCUGCAGAAAUUCAUUGCCAAAGAUUCAACAGGGACACUGAAUAAACUGGGGGUGAGAGGACCCCACAGUGAAAAGCCACACUGUGGCUCUGUGACCUUUGCUCCUCGUGUUGCCCGGGUCCCAUCUCAGGCCAAAGACGAAUCAACAUUUCCACUAGGAACUCAUGGAAGAGAUGGAUGUUUGGUGACUUCAGACCUGACCCGGAACUGUCUUUCUCCACUGGGCCCUGAGCUGGCUGGACACAAGAUAAACCUUCUAGGGGCUGUGAGCGGGAGGCUGGAGGCGCCUGUGGGGAGUGGGAUCUGAGAUCCCGGCCCCUCUCUCCUUCCCACUGGCUGCCCAGGCCUCUGACCUUGAUUUUCCAUGUUCCCUGGGCCCAGGCUCCUUCUUGGGCCCUCAGCAUCAUGAGAAGUGAGUGUGUAGGGAGAGCAGCGCCCGCACACCCCACCCCGGGGACUUGCCUCAAGGUGACCUGCCCCCAGCUGGCCUGGCCAGCCACUCCUUGCCAGGGGCCCGCCCUCCUGAUGGAACACACAAGAUGGUGCCCUGCCUGGAGGCCAAUGGUCUGUGACGGUCGUUCCGGGGGGCAGAGGGGAGGAAGGGACCAGGGGAAUGGGCCAGUAAUGUGGGGAGGAAGGCAUGCUCAAAGCCAAGACCUGUUCUUUCCUUGUGCUCACAAGGCCAAAGCUGUUCACAUCUGUGCUCAACCAUCUGCUUCAAAUUGAAGUAAAAGCCCCAAUGUGUAAAGAAAACACUUGCUUGUGUUGAUGGACUCUGUG